UUCGGCUUACUUUUAAACCUGCAAGACAACACUGCGGGUGUAUUUGUAACGAUAUUCCAAACCGGCCACCGUCCUUCGUGAUGGCGUGUUUUGUUUUGGUGAGCGUUUGACCUCGCUAAAACCCCGUACAUUUGUAUAACGUGUUCACUAGUAUUGUGCAGGGACUAUGUCAAACCUUAGCUAUUUGUCUUUGCCGCACUGGGACGCAGGCUCGAGGAAAAUUCGUUACAUUUACCUGGUAAACGAGUCGUCUUUCACACUCACAGACUGUCAGCAAAAGGGGUCGGUUCCUCUCUUUCUCGGUGCCGACCUCUUGGCCACCACAGAUGUCCGCGCAGAGAACCAUCCCAGGCAUCACGCCAAGUUUGCGAGGAAAGGUCUCGCCACCAAAGUUCACUUCUCUUCAGCAUUCAGGUUACGCGGGUUGAAGGUAGCGACGUCCAACAACGGCCUCUGGUUCUACACAAUUCACGGGCUUUUCCGCAUCGCCUUUGAGAUGUACGCUAAGCGGGAACAGCUGGCGGUGAUGGACAACAUGCAGGAUUUGUGGAAAUCUCAGAUGAGCGACAACCCACUGAAGUCCAGUUACAGGUUGUGCGUGCAACUGGACCGAUCGGACGCCGGGAGUGGAAUGCCCGAUGAACAAUCAUCCAAGCCGCCCGAGAACUCAAGUAGAGACUUGUCAUUGGAUCACUCUUACUCCACACAGCAAAGCUCUCAAAGCCUAGUUGAAUUUAGGAAUAAGCUUCAGAUAAUAAGUAACAAACUGGCAACCAAAAACUUCACCGAUCAUCACCUGGAACCGGCCCUGCUCCUCCUGGAGCACGCCGAGCGCUGUCUGGACGGCACGGCGGAGGGGCAGGACGCGGCAGAGUCAACACUGGCCGGCUGGCUGGGCGGCCGGUUCGCCGCGGCACACGGUGACAUCAGCCGGCGGGUGGAGGCCUUCAAGGAGCGCCACAUCCAGAGGAUCGAGGAGCUGCCGCCGGCCGAGGAGCUGGUCGCGCAGCUAUUCCCGGACGCCAUGAGGACACUGCUGCUGAACUGGAUGGGGCUGAACCGGGAGGAGGACUGGGCCAAGAGACGAAGCGAGUACCCUAUCGUGCUCCUCAUUUUGGAGUUUGCCAACCACAACCUCAUCACAGGUGUGGCACAUGUGCUCUACUCCACUCUCAUCUGCAAGUAGUGUUCUUGUAGGAUUGAAAAGGGAUGGAAAAAUGUCCGGUAUAUUUUGGGUUGACCAAGUGGGACGAGUUGUAACUGGAAGAAUUGGUACAGGGAGGCACAGUUAGGUCAAGGUAUCGCUGUAAUGUACUUACAAAUUUGUCAAAUAAAGCCUUAUGACAUU